GUGGGGAGGUCCCCCUCCCUAAAUCAACUUUCAAGAUGUCGGAUAAAGGAUAGGCUAUAGCCACCUCUUCCAAGAAAAGAAAACACUCUACACCCUCUAUUCCCUCCAUCUACAAGAAUUAUGCUAAGAAUCCUCUAAAUGACGAAGAAAGGAAAAAUCAGCUGUUACCUUCUACUGACCCAACCAAGUUCCCUAAUCUCUACUGUGAGCUUCGACUUUCUAAGUAUCGGACAACAAAACUAAACACCGAGAAGAAGCUUGUUCUCCCCAAUGAUGUCCGACGGGCCAUUACUAGUCGGAUCCUUGAGUUGGGUAUAGACUUUGUUGACCGAGAUUUGGGGGAUAUCAACAUAUCUUGGGUGAAGGAAUUUUAUUGCAACUUCUUCCGUCCGACUUUGGAUUCGGUCCAGUUGAGGGGUAGAGAGAUCAUGAUCACUGAGACGGCCAUAGAGGAGGCUUUGCAGUGCCGACAUAUUCCUGAUGGCACUUGCGCCCAUCAGCAGGCCGAGUUGGCCAUACACAGCAUGACUUUUGAUUACGAGGCACUGAGGAGCGUGAUUGGUCUACCAGAGGCUACAUGGGUUAUGGAUGCAAACAAUACCAAGCCUAAGGGGAUGCUAUUCGCUCACUUGAUUAGAGAGGCCAGGACUUGGCAGAUGAUCUUUGGCCACUACGUCUUGCCUACCACUCACUUCUCUGAGAUCCCCAUGGAGAUGCUUCUGCUGAUUGGGUGUGUCAUGGAGGGGAAGGAUGUCUAUUUUCCGCGGCUCAUCCGGCAGUGCAUGUGGCGGGCGCAUAUUCGUGGCCUACUUCCAUUUCCUACUUUGGUCACGAGUAUGGCUGCCCUAGCCGAGGUCCCUUGGUCAGAUGACGAUGUGUUACCACCACCGCCUGAUGCAGAUGACAGAGAGAUUACUAUUCCUUGGGGUGGUUGGGUACACGAGAGGCUGCCAGCUAGACGCCGUUCCAGGGCUAGAGCGGUAGUGGGGACAGCCGGACAGUCAGCCCCUACAGCAGCACCAUCUUCCUCUACUACAGCAGCCCCCUCAUCAUCGACAGUUCCACCUGCAGCACCUGAGACCACCUACUUACUGGUCCAGCGUCUAUUCCGGUUUUUAGAGUGA